CCUGCCUGUAGUCACUGGUGUGGCCAUCAACACGCUCAUACGAUGGUGAUGACACACUAGGGUCAACCUCCUUAUUCUCCUUAUUCCCUCUCCUUAUUCCCCCAUCUCCUUCAUCUUCACGUUCUCUGAUCAAAGGAUAGGUGAAAACAAUAUGCUGGCCAUUAUGCUCGGUGGAGGAUUCAAAGCAGAAAGACUCCGGGUCAAUCUCCGACUGGUGAUCAAUCGCCUGAAGCUCUUGGAGAAAAAGAAAACUGAGCUAGCUCAGAAGGCGCGGAAGGAGAUUGCAGACUACCUGUCAACAGGGAAGGAUGAGCGAGCACGGAUCCGUGUGGAGCACAUCAUCAGAGAGGACUACUUGGUAGAGGCCAUGGAGAUCCUAGAACUGUACUGUGACCUGCUGCUGGCUCGCUUUGGCCUCAUCCAGUCCAUGAAGGAGCUGGACCCUGGCCUGCAGGAGGCUGUGUCCACUCUCAUCUGGGCAGCCCCACGUCUGCAGUCUGAGGUCAACGAGCUUAAAAUUGUGUCUGAUCAGCUGUGUGCCAAAUACAGCAAGGAGUAUGGCAAGCUCUGUAGGACAAACCAAAUCGGGACUGUCAAUGACAGGCUCAUGCACAAACUGAGUGUAGAGGCUCCUCCUAAGAUCCUGGUGGAGCGCUACCUCAUUGAGAUUGCCAAGAACUACAACGUGCCCUACGAGUCAGACGCCAUGGUCAGACCAGAGGUGUGUACAGGCGAGGAGGCUGACCUCAUAGAUGUGGACUCUGACUUCAAGAAGCCAGGAGGCGGUGGUGGUGGCGGCGGUGGUUUCACCGCUGGGGCCAUGCCUAUGCCCAUGGGCCCCCCAUCAGCGUUCAGCUACCCAACACCCAAAGGAGCCAUGCCCGGCCCCAUAGGGUUCAACGGCCCCUCCGUUGGCACAUAUGAUGCCUUUAACAACUUCCAGCCUCCGAUGAGAGGAGGGCCGCCCCCUGAGCUGCCGAGCUGCCCUCCCACCUACCAGUCUAUUGAUGAGCUGUCUAUUAAACCUUCUGAUCGAUCCCAGGUGUCUGGCCCCGGGCCUUCAUGCCAGAUCUACGAUAACAACGCCCUCCCUGAGCUGCCCUCAGUUCCCGACACGCUUCCCACUUCCUCCUUUGGAGUUGGACGCAACACUGCGAGCUCUGAUGACAUCGACUUUGAUGAUCUGUCACGGCGCUUUGAGGAUCUGAAGAAGAAGACCUAGUCCUCCAGUAUCCCAUCAUCAUACUGUGUUGUCAGUCACUGCAGCUACAGUAUCAGGAAAUAUUGAAAUAUUUGAAUUGGCACCCUUUGCAGUGAAACUCUCCUCAUUGUGUAGUUUUACUGAUGUUAAUUGUACCUCAUUCAAACAGGUGAAGGUCCUUUAGAGGGCUAUUUGACAGUACAUUUUAUUAUUGACUAUGUCCAAACAAAACUGGACCGUAUAGAUGUCAUCUUUAUAUGAGCACUUUGGAUAUAAAAUGGCCUUCCUGAUAGAGUACUAGUAACUAUGUAACCUCUCAAUCUUUCUCGUUGCUAUGGUUGUCACGUAUCCCCUUGACUCACAGUAUGAGCCAAUAUUUGGUUAAUAAUCGAAUAGUCUUAACUAACAGUGUCUCUCGUCCAGAGACUGGAUUGAGUAAUACAGGAUCUUAAUAGUUUGUCGUUGUGGGUUUCAUGAAGCAGUUUUUACCGAUCACUGAAUUGCAUACUAGAAAAACCUGUUUUCUGGCACGCCCAUUGUGUCGAAAAAUUCAGGCCUAGGACAUAUUCAAGGUCGUAGCACCCUUUCUAUGUCGGGUUUUACCCUCAGUACUCUCUGGCUCUGAACCUUUGACGUCUGAAACCAGUUCUAUGACCGAUCUGUUACCUUACAGGUGGUGGAGGGAUUCAAUCAGUCUUGAUUGAUAAAGUAUUGAAAUAUGUAAUACACAAUGCUAUUUACAGGAAUUGUUUUAUUUGUAGAGCAAAAAUAUGUUGGUAGGAGGUUGAAGGCAAAUAGUUGGCAAAUAGUUGGAAAAUAUGUUUAUUUUGUACAUGGAUUUUAUUAUGAGGAAAUCCACUUAUUGUUUUAAAGAGUAUUUAGUUUAACCCUAUACAUGCACUUUCCGUGUUUGUGUAAAACAACCCAUGCAGUGAAUUGGCAAAUGGAAUGCAUGAUUUGACCAUGUACGUUUGCUGUAAAUACCGGCCCUCAAAAUGUAACAGGUUCUUCCUCCUCUUUGUGUAAAAGAGGUUUAUAGUCUGAUUCAGUAUGUUAUCUAUCUAUGUGUGUCCUAUAUGUGCCACACUGCAUUUACCAUCAUCAGAGGCCUUCCCAUUCUAUAAGUAUAUUUAGACUAUGUACACGUAACAUGCAGUGGUGGGAAAAGUACCCAAUUGUCAUACUUGAGUAAAAGUAAAGAUGCCUUAAUAGAAAAGUAAAAAGUGAAAGUCACCCAGUAAAAUACUACUUGUAUAAAAGCCAAAGUAUUUGUUUUAAAUAUACUUAAGUAUCAAAAGUAAAAGUAUACAUUUCUAAUUAUAUUAAGCAAACCAGAAGAAAGCACUUUGUGUUUUUUUUAAAUUUACAGAUAGCCAGGGGCACACUCCAACACUCAGACACAAUUUACAAAAUAAGCAUUUGUGUUUCGUGAGCCCUCCCGAUCAGAGGCAUUACAUUACAUUUAAGUCAUUUAGCAGACGCUCUUAUCCAGAGCGACUUACAAGUAGAGAUGACCAGGGAUGUUCUCUUGAAAAGUGUGGAUUUGACAAUUGUCCUGUUAAGAAUUCAAAAUGUAGCGAGUACUUUUGGGUGUCAGGGGAAAUGUUUGGAGUAAAAUGUUAUUUUUUUUUUUUUAGGAAUGUAGUAAAGUAAAAGUUGUCAAAAAAUAUAAAUGGUAAAGUACUUAAAAGUAAAAAAUACUUUAGUACUACUUAAGUACUUUACACCACUGGUAACUUAUAUAAUCUUUCUUAAAAGUUGUUUGAAGUUUUGAUUUUGUGUUUGAAAAUGUGUUCAAUCUUGGUGAUGGAAGAAGUAGUUUUGAUAAAGGUGAGAAAGGGGUGUGGAUUUGCUGUUCCUGUCUUACCUUGUUUUCACUAAUUAUGAUGGGUGGAAGUUAGGACUGUCGACUCCACCAUCCUAAAAUAAGACUUAACACUAGUGUACAGUGACCCGCUCACUGCUUUGACUGCUCAUUCUCUAAGGUGUAAUGUAGGAUUGUUUGAAGAAUGUUUGAUACCAACUUUGAUUAGCAAGUGUACCAUAUAUCUUGUCGCAUAAAACAGAUAAUUGCCUAUGGUUUUUUCUGUCUAAUAAAGGACAUCUUUCUAAUUGAA